AUGACCAAAGUCGUUCUUCGAGGCGACAAACAAAUUCUAGAGCUUCAAUUGGACGAUUCAUAUUCUUACAUAGAUUUAGUCGACAAAGUAGAUCUUUUUCCAGCAGAUUAUGGCGAAAAUGAAUACUUCCAGGAAAACGUCUGUAUCAUGGAAACCCAUGAGGGAACUGCCAUAGGGUUCAUACUGAAAUGUGUGGUAGAUAAGAUGAAAGAAAUUGCGGGCGCAGAAUUCGAUUUCGUUUUCGUGCCAAGCAGUCGAAGUAAGAAUCGGUCUUACAAAUUCAGGUCUGAAGACUUCCAGGCCCGCAAUGAUCAAUUGCAUGCCUUAGCGACCAAAUUAAGGUCUCAAACAGCCUUCGAGUGUCUUCUGGGCUGGAGAGACGAGUUUUACACUGUGUACUGCGAACAACGCAAACCUUACGUGCUCGUGGAAAGAGCUCUUUCCGGUUUGCUUGGCAUUGUGACUUAUGGGAUCCACGUCAACGGGUUUGUACGGGACCCCGAAACCGGGGAAAUCAAAAUUUGGGUGCCGCGUAGGUCUGCUACGAAAUCUACCUGGCCUUCCAUGCUUGACAACGUUAUUGCUGGCGGGCUUGGCUACCCGUAUGGCAUCUACGAAACUAUGAUUAAAGAGAGUCAAGAAGAAGCCAACUUGUCGAAAGAUCUAGUCGAAUCGCACAUUAAAUCCGUCGGUGCUGUAUCCUAUUUUUACUUUCAAAACGAGACUCCAAAUGGGGUGCAAAAGUUCGAUACAAUUUCUUCGUUGAUCACCGGUGAGGUAGAGUAUCUUUUCGAUCUCGAGUUACCGCUUGGAGUGACACCUCGGCCCAAUGAUGACGAGGUAGAAAGCUUCAAACUACUGUCCUUGCAAGAAACAAUUGAUGCUCUCAGAAGCGGACAGUUCAAACCCAAUUGCGCUUUGGUAAUGCUGGAUUUUUUGAUCAGACAAGGCUAUAUCCACUCCGAAAACGAGCCAAACUAUCUGGAAAUUAUCUCCCGCAUUCACCGGCGUCUGCCUUUUCCAACCCGGAAUUAA